AUGGCUAGUAAUUUGUUACGUGCCUUGCUACAAGAGGAAGCAGAUGACGAUGAUGAUGAUUACGCGACCUUAUUAGCAAUCGCAUCUUUGGAAGAACACCACUCCAGCGAAGGUCAAAGUUCUCGUCGUCGUGGUUCCAUUCUAGGGCACGCUGUAAUUCAACGCAAUAGAGCUGAAGGUCACGAGAGGCUUUUUCAUGAUUAUUUUAGUGAAUCUCUUGUGUAUCCAGCAAAACUAUUUCGAAGGAGGUUUCGUAUACAUCGCCCACUAUUUUUCCGUAUUUUAUCCGUAGUGGAAACACAUGAUUCCUACUUUGUCCAGAAACGGGAUGCUGCUGAGAAAAUUGGUUUAUCCUCACUACAGAAAGUAACUGCUGCUAUGAGGAUGCUUGCUUAUGGAGUAUCAGCAGAUUCUGUGGAUGAUUACGUGCGGAUUGGAGAAAGCACCGCUAUAGAGAGUCUCGACAGGUUUACCAAAGCAAUUGUUGCAAUUUUCGGUGAUGAGUAUCUAAGGUCACCAACUGACGAGGACACUUCAAGAUUGCUUGCAAUUGAAGCUGUUGUUUCCUAUGAUCUUUGGAUUUGGCAUGCUUAUUUUGGUUUACCGGGAGCUCUUAAUGACAUUAAUGUGUUAGAACGGUCUUCCGUUAUUUCUCAACUUGCUGAAGGGCAUGGUCCGACUGUUAAUUAUACAUUCAAUGGUCAUGAAUACACGAUGGGAUACUACCUUGCUGAUGGUAUAUAUCCGUCAUGGGCAACAUUUGUUAAAACAAUUUCUUUACCACAAGGAAAUAAAAGAAAACAUUUUGCUACACUUCAAGAGUCGGCAAGAAAGGAUGUAGAGCGAGCAUUCGGGGUACUCCAAUCACGCUUUGCAAUUGUGCGUGGACCAGCUCGCUCUUGGGAUGAGAAAAUAUUGAAAAAUAUUAUGCAAGCAUGCAUAAUAAUGCAUAACAUGAUUGUUGAAGAUGAAAGAAAUAAUGAUUAUAUCGACUUCACGUACGAUGCUGCUGAGGAAGCCCCAACUAUAUUAGUGUCUCACGAACGUACAAUAGAUUUGUGUGAAUUUAUUCAGAAUCAUCAUCGCAUUAGAGACAGACAAACUCAUUCUCAAUUGCAAUUGGAUCUUGUCGAACAUUUAUGGGAACGAAAUGGUGGGCUUUAG